AUGACACGAAUCCUAGCGGCUAGUGCAAGUCCAGGCUCAUCACGACCAUCGCCUGUGGGAAUGGAUCGACCGGAUCUUCUUCCGUCCGCCAAUAUCGACGAGCUGACUCUCCAGUUGAGCAUGACCCAAACGGAACUGUCCCAGUUGCGUUCAGAUAUGGCUGUUCAGAAAGCCGCAGCAGACCGAGAGUCUACCAGUCUGCGGGGUCAGUUGGCUGAGGCGCAUGCAGAUGCUCGAUCACUUCGCCUGCAAAUCAACCGACUUCAAGCGGUGGUCGGUUUAAACGGUCGGACUGACUCGGCAGCCAGCAUGGGGCUGGAACAGUUAGUUUGCUCCAAUUGUCAACGAUUGCAACGUUUGUUAGACUUGUUACAGACGAAAGCUCGUUCCACUUCGGAGGUACCAAUCGAUUCUACAGUACAGGAACCAGCCGGUACCUUGGACACUGACCCCGGGAAGCGGUCCGGGUCCGAUCGUUCCUGUCAGACAGAUCUUGGCGACGCACACAUUGCCCCCACCCAACUGACGACGUCUGUAGUGGACACGGCUCCAUCUAAAGUAAGGCUAGAACAAUGGGAAAAGGAGCUCGGAGAGUUUGAACACGCUCUAAGAGAUAAAGAGUUGGAGCUGCAGAAAGAGAACGGUCGUCUUAGUUUUGAGGCAGAUCGACUGAAACGGAAACACGAAGCGCUGGUUGCUCGAGAGACCAAACUGAAGGAGGAUAUCGAUUCACACGAAGCCCAGAUUGAGUCCCAGCGUGUGGAGUUGCAGAACGACAUGCUUCAACUGGGACGCGAACGAAACCGGCUAGCCCAAGAACGUCAGACCGUGGAAUCUGACCGAGUACGUGUGCAUCAGUUAGAGGUUGAACUACAACAAAAACGUCGAGAGGCCGAAAUGCUGAUCGAGAUGGCCACUCGGGAACACCAGGCGAGAAGAAUGGACGAGGAAAAAGUACGGAGAACCGGUUCUUCGUCUUCAUUCAAACGAGAAGAGCAUCUGGCUACAGAUGUUUCUACGCCGGAAGUAGAAUCGCUCACUGCAGAGCAUCGAGACACACCAGUUGUAAGAUUACAGCUCCAAACCAAAGAACCCGGGAGCGCGCUGGAUGGACAGACCACAGGCAUCACUACUGGUCAAUUCUCGCCUGAGGAGAAUUUUGCCCACGCGGUUGCAUUUCUAUCCGAUUGGCUGGAAAAAUCGAUUGGUCAAAUCGGCAAAAAGUUAUCCACGGAAUCCCGCAACCCUGUGGAUACGGGCAAACUGCGAACAAUGUCUGAGGUGUUGGAUUUGCUCAGAAUAGAUUUGCUUGCAUCACGUGGUCAAUGGAUGACUGACAAAGCUGUUGUACCCGUGACUAAAACUGCUGCCCCGUCGAAAUUUCCUUCAGAGCUCCAUCGAUCCGAUGAUGAUCGGGAUGGAGUGAAUACAAACACCGAACAUUUGAUGAGACGACUUCGUGCGGCUGAACAGGAGGCUCAGGAAGCUACUGAACAGCUGAAAUCCAGCAACGCAGAAUUUCUCACACUUCGCGAACGGCUUUCACAUGCGAUGGUGGAACGAGCGCAUCUGAAGGCCACAGUGGAAAGUUUAGACGAAGAGGUAAGAAUGCGUGUAGCCGAGUCUAUGUUCGAAACGCGUACAUAUUUGGAUGUUUUUUUCUCUUCUGUUAUUUUCUUCUUCGAUUUGUAG